CCGCUUUCCGCGGGUCAGCUGAGAUCUGAGGUCAGUGAGAAACAGCAGCACACCCACCGAUAAACUCAAAAACGAUUUUCGGAUUCUUUUUCGUUACUUUUCCACGUAUUUGAGCGUUUUCAAAUGUCGCUGUGGAUCUGUGGUCCUAAACUCGCGGCCUGCGGGUUCGUGUUGAGCGCGUGGGGCGUCAUCAUGUUGGGGCUGCUGGGGAUUUUCUUCUCCACACAUUCAGCCGUGUUGAUCGAAGACCUGCCUCUGGUGCAUAAUGACACACUUGGCGAUCCAAACCCGCCAAAGAAAAUCUACGACGUCUAUACGCAAGUCGGCUACAACUGCUUCAUAGCAGCUGCCAUCUACCUUGCGGUCGGAAUAUUCUCUUACUGCCAGAUGAGGCUCAACAAGAAGAAGGAGUACCUGGUGCACUAGUGCUACUGGCUGGAUCCCGGAGCUCGGACCACACAAUGGAAGCUGAAUUUGGACUGAAAAGGCGACAUGUUCGUUGUCUUUUGUUGAAGAUAUUGAAAUGUGGUGGCCCUCGGAUAUUUAAGACAAAAUCAACUCUACCUCUUGAUCAAAUUGCUUUAAGAAUUAGAUUUUUGCUGGAAGGAGAUUGAUUAUUUUUGUUAAAGCUUUGUUGUAAAAUGUCUCUUUUAGACCUAAUAUAAAAGAAAUAUGUCGUUGUU